UUCCUCUCCAACAUGUAAUGUAACUUUGUCCACGCCCGCAACUGAAGUAUGGAUUUUGAAAUCAGCCCGUUAACCUAUGCAAACAACGAACCUCGCCCAGAAGACAAAGUAGUGAUCAGGCUGUUUGAAGAAGUAUGGAGCUGGAGAUUAAAGACAAGCCCAGAGUUUGCCUCUUAUUGUGGAGUCCAUGUUGACGAUGACAAAUUAGAUGAUAUUGGACUGGAGUCAUUCAAAGAAUGGAAGACAACAGUUGAAGAGUUCCUUGAGAGAUGCAAGGAGAUAAACACUGAAACUAUUAGUGAAGCAGCUAAACUGGACCUGGCAUUGCUUCAGGAGGAAUUCAACACCUUCCUAUCAGCCUGCAAAUUUAAAGGGUGGUGUUUCCCUAUCACAUUCCAAGAUGGAGUUCACAAUGAUAUACAUCUGCUAUUGAGCUUUUCGAAAUUUGAGAAAGAAUCUGACUACAAAGUCUACAUAGAACGUCUGAAGUGUUACCCAAGACAGAUUUCCCAGGUCAGAGAGAUGUGUGAAGAGGGAAUAAAGACAGGUUAUGUCAAUCACAUGGUGUCAAUGAGAGAAGUGCCUGACCAGAUAAAUUCCCUAACCAACAAUGGAAAGUUGGAUCCUAAAACAUCACCCUUCUUGUCACCAUUUAGAAAGGAAGUGGAUGGUAUUUCCCCCGAGGAAAUGACUGAGCUGGAGAAGGAAGCAAUCACUGUACUAGAGGAUAGUGUUCUGCCUGCUUUUACUGACCUACGCGACUACUUAACAUCUGUAUAUAUGAGGAGGACGAGGCCCUCUAUUGGGUGUUGUACUCUCCCGAACGGUCAAAGAUAUUACCAACAGUGUCUAAAGUUCCACACAUCAACAGAUCUUACACCACAGGAGGUUCACAAUCUUGGUCUACAGGAGGUUGAUAGAAUUUCAAAAGCCAUGCAGAAAAUCUCAAUGGAAGAAGGGUUUGGUUCAAAUGUUCAGCGCUUCAUAAGACAUAUUAAAAACAGCAAGGAGUUCUUCUACGAAACUGAGGAAGAAAUUUUAUCAGGAAUUAAAGACAUCUGUACGAAUAGAAUCCGACCUAAACUCUCAAAGAUGUUCAAGACUAUCCCAGAUGUAGAUAUGACGAUUAAAGCAUCGCCUGCCUCUAUGAGCUCAGCACCUGCAGCAUAUUACAUGGCAGGCACAAUGGAUGGAUCUAGACCCGGAAUUUACUAUGUGAACACUUCUCAUACCACAGACAUACCAAUGUAUGAGUUGAUGGCCUUAAGUCUCCAUGAAGGUGAGCCAGGUCACCACCUACAGAGUAUGUAUGCCAUACAGCAGAAGGGAGUACCAAUAUUUCGCCAAUACAUUGAGGAUAUGAAAUAUUCCAGAGCCCCCACUAGAUUCUCCUUACAGACAGCUUACAUUGAGGGCUGGGGUCUUUACUGUGAGUCACUGGGAGAAGAACUUGGACUAUACAGUACAAAUCAUGAACUGUUUGGCAGAUAUAUGUUUGAAAUCCUGCGAGCGGCUCGUUUGGUGGUAGACACUGGUCUACACGCGUUUGGGUGGACUUUCGAGAGUACCAAAAAAUACUUGACUGAGAGGGCAUUCAUGCAUGAAUGGUUUGCUGACAGCGAGACCAAACGCUACAUUACUUGGCCAGGACAGGCAUGUGCAUACAAGAUAGGAGAACUGAAGAUAAAAGAACUAAGACAGAGAGCAGAAAAGGAACUAGGUGACGCUUUUGAUAUUUGUGAAUUCCACGAUGCUGUGUUACAGUGUGGACCCGUUCCUCUGAAUAUAUUAGAGGGAAUGAUCUCAGCAUUCAUUAAAGACAGCAAAAGCUCAAAUAAAUUGGAGAAUGAGGAAAAUUCAAACGCUUCUUAGUUUAAUCACUAUAAUUAUGUGAUCAUAAAACAUCCUGGUCAGCAUGCUCACCGUAAAACAUUGGAUUUAAUCCCGUAAAAUCUAUACUCGGACUGAUUUUACAUUUGACAGAACUUAGCCUUUUCUUUUUACUUUGUAUACAAGAGAGUGGAUUAAAUUAAUUGCAUAUACCUGUUUGAAACUAGAGUCAUUUACGUUUUCUGUGCUAGUCGAAGUGGAUGUUGUUGAUUAGUUUUUGUUUUGAAAAUCAGAUAAAUUUCUUAUCUUCAUAUACAUACCAGUUGAAUUCAUCUAUCUAAUUUAUAUUAACCUGUCCAUAUCUGUUCAUUUUCUGUAGUAAUAAAAUUUUGAUACGGUU